AUGCAGGUAGAACAGCCAGAUCAGGUACCAUCGCCUGAAGAGGAACAAUUCCAGUUCCGACCAGACAACGAUGACUAUAGUGACCCAUCGACAAGCCCUUCAAAUCCAACCCUUCUGGCAGAGUUUGUUGGACAAGGUGACAAGUAUUAUCGGAACUAUCACCCAAACCUCACCAGGCAGCCUUGUGAUUCGUCUGGAAACCCCCUCCCAGUUGGACAGUCGUCCCUGCAAACUCCUUCUGAAAAGCAACCUAACGAUUGGUCACCAUACUCCAGUCGUCUGGAGUUCGAGCUAGCUGACUUCCUGUUCACCUGCAGCCAGAUGUCUGCAGCCAAUAUUAACGAGUUACUAGAUCUCUGGAAUGCGACACUUCUCGGUGCUGGCAGCCAGCCCAUCUUCAAAGAUAGUGCCAAAAUGUACAAGAUGAUUGAUCACACUAUACUUGGUGAUGUACAGUGGGAGAAUUUUUGCAUAUCCUAUACUGGCGAACAACCAACUGAUAAUGUCCCAUCAUGGAUGAAUGCCGUGUAUGAUAUUUGGUUCCAGGACCCUAAAGACGUUAUUCACAAUAUGCUUUCCCAACCUGAUUUUUCGAGAGACAUGGAUUACUGGCUGUUUCAGGAAUAUGAGAGCACGACAGACAAGAGACAGUGGGAGGAUUUCAUGUCUGGUGAUUGGGUGUGGACUCAAGCGGUGCAUCUUUUAUCUUCUAUGUCUCUGAGCGCUGUACUAAUGGCAUGCAAAUAA